AUGGCAAACUUGAAUUUUCAACAAGCACCUAGAAGCCUAGCGAGUGGCGGUGUGGGUAGUCGCGUCAGCUCAGGGCUGGUGGGCGGCGUUUCAGGCCAUGUGACGCCUACGUUUGGAGGCGCCCUGUCGCCAGGUCGGGGCUCUACUGCCAUGCCUGGGGGCGCUCCACCCUCCAUGGCAUCUCGUUCAACACUUUUCGGCCAGCGAGCAUUUGCUGACCGUAGAGUACCUAUGCCGAACACUUUAACUCAACCUCAUUCAAAUUCCAUGUCGAGCAUGGGCAAUCUGUCUCGAUUCAAUCCAGGCAGUAAUUACCACUCAGUUUUUGGCGAGGGUGGUGACACAUCAACGCCGCCACUAUUGGACCUUAGCGAGUUCCCAUCGCUUACAGCACGUGGGGCAGGUGACCAGGCCCCUGCUGCUGCACCACCACCCCCAGGCUCUAAACCUUACGUGGGUAUGGUGAAGCAGCCUACAUCUGAGCAGUCGGAGUUUACAAUGUCUUCAGAGGACUUCCCGGCGCUUCCUGGCACAUCGAGCAGUGGAGGGGCAGCACCUCAGCCACCUUCAGGUCCCGCGCCUCCGCCGCCCGACUUUGCCAAUCACAACGCCGAUAAGCCUAGAAAAGGGAUACAGACCUCACCUGAUGUUGUCAGUCAAGGAGCACAUACGGAAUUCUAUGGUAAAGUUACGAAUAUACCAGAGACAAUGAUACCAAAUCAAUUUGGUAUUGUGGGACUAUUAACAUUUAUCCGAGCAGCAGAGUCGGAUCCCAGUUUAGUUUCGUUGGCGUUAGGGCAGGAUCUAACUGCACUUGGACUGAAUCUAAAUUCCCCAGACAACCUUUAUCUAACUUUUGCUGGACCUUGGGCGGACACGCCUUGCAGACCACAAGACAUGGAUUAUCACGUGCCUCCUGAAUAUUUAAUUAAUGGAUCUAUUAGAGAAAAACUUGCGCCUCUGCGACUGAGUCGAUAUAAGGAAGACCUCUUAUUUUAUUUGUUCUACUGUUUCGUGGGUGACGUGCUGCAAAUUGCAGCUGCAGCUGAACUUUACAAUCGUGAAUGGCGGUAUCAUAUGGAGGAGAAGGUGUGGAUCUCUCAGGCGCCGGGCAUGCCGAUGGUGGAAAAAACGUCAACGUACGAACGUGGCACAUAUUACUUUUUCGAUGCGCACAACUGGCGUAAGGUGGCGAAAGAAUUUCACUUGGACUACAGCAAGCUGGAGGGGCGACCGCAACUGCCGCCGCAUGUGCUCACGUAG